UCUGAUUCAAAACCUCUUUGUUGCAGCACUGGAGGGACUGGGUUGCCAUCCAGUGGGUGUAUGGCCUUUGAUCCCUCUCCAUCUCUGCUACCAGUAAUCACCCAAAUAAUAUCCAAGUUUGCGGCAUCUACGAGUGAGCUUACAACACGACGAUUAUAUCUAGAAUGGAGCAAGCUGUCUUUGUCAUCCUUUUGAUCCCAACAAUUGCAGCCACCCAGGUAACUUUCAGCCAUCCUGGCACCAAUGAAGUCUACCUUGAACAGAGGCUCAGCUUUAGCUGCUGGGGCCCUGCUAAUCACAUUAUUGAGAUUCUUGAGAUUGGACAACCAAACACAAUAGAUAAGAUGUACAAGUUGGGAAUACCAGUCUCUGGCAACGUCUCUAAUGGAUAUUACCCAGAGGAUUGCAGUGCAGAUGCAAAUGGAACAAAUUGCACCAAAUUAUUGAAUAUAACAGUAACAGCCAGCAUGCAUGGGAAGAGCUACCAGUGUCUCAGUUACGACCGUGACCCACACCCCAUGAAAUACUACAGCAGAGGAGGCUACAUGAUAGUUAAGGACAUAGGAAAUGACUGCUUGACAAGUGCCAGCAUUGGUACUACAAAUGUUGAAGUGCUCCCUACAUCCACUUCAAGCCUACCCUACCCUUCACCUUCAUCAACUACUGCUAAAGUUAUGAGGUGCCCCACAGCCACUUUAGCUCCGACUUCCAAUCCCACUACUGACACUACAGCUACAGAUGUGGUAGCCGGCAGUGUACUGGGUCUACAGCCACUUCAAGCUACAAUACCUCUGAUUUUACUCUGCACAUAUUUAAUUUUAUAAACUUGUUGGUGCAUCAUUUUUAUAUCACACAUCUGCCAUGCCAUGUUGAUUGUAUGUAUGCAACAAUACGCCUAUUGUGACAAUCUGUCUUGUGUACUACCAUAAUACCAUGAUUACUUUUACUAAACGCUUUUAAAGUUGUG